CUGCGCUGGUGAUUUUGGCGCUCAUUCACAAAAUUUUUCGUCUGUUUCUUGUUUGUCUUGACUCUUUGGGUCUUGGUUCGUAAUUUCCAUCGGUGAAGAACUAGUCGCACAUUUUGUUUUGUGGCGGUGUUCUUUCGUUUUAUAAUUGGGAGUUAUUAUCUUAUUUUUUGUAUUGUGAAGCAUUAACACUCCGUAAGAACAGCUGUUCGACAAUGCCACCGUGGGGACCUGUUGCCACCAAGAAGUUCACGGAAUGCAAGAAACAGCGUUGUGUCCGUAUCCCUCCGAGUAUCGCAAAACCAUGGGAGAGUCGCAUGGAAUUUGUGCAGUCCACUGUCCAGGAACUGCUGAAUCGGGACCAUCGCAGCGGACGAUUUCGUCGUGAAAUGAAGUUCGCCGUAGGGGAGGCUGUCCUGGUGAUGUCUAAAGGAUUGUAUUUCAGUGGCACUAUCCACUGUUGUUAUCGAGUGGCGGUACCUGCGACGCUGUUCGGACCCAAUCGCCAACUGAAGGAUAUCCCCAAGGAUCAGUGGGUGCAGACGUAUCUGAUUCGCUUCGAGGGCUUCGGAUUGGAUCACGAUGAAGAGUAUCCGGAGAACGAGAUUAUUCGUCGCAUCGGUGACUGCCCCGCCAACAUCAUGGGCAUGCUGUAUGCUCACGAAUGGAACACCCUGCAGAGAAUGCGAUACAAUUGCGAAGAUUGGGAAAUGGGCGACGGAACUUGGUACCUCCCGGACGACACGUACGGCUUCUUGGAACAGCAAUGGAAACGGCACAACAACACUGUGCGGACUUUUUCGCAGUUCUGUGGCCGACAGGACGCUCUGCACGACUUGGCAGCGGAGAAGGCGACAUUCAUGCGCACCAUGUUCGGGAACGAUGCGGGCCGAUAGGCGGCUGUGGAAGAGUUUUGGACGUUGGGAGAAACGAAUGGUUCUUGAUCUGUUACGGCUUUCUGUACAGGCGAAGUUUAUUUUUUACUUUUUUGUUAGCUUGUUAUUGUUUGUGAGUACAAGUACACGAUUGUCACUUUGAUAAUUUUUGCCGAGAUGGAAUUAGCCGCAGUGGAUCCAUGAUUCAUCCACAUGUUGGAGGCUUUCCUUUUUUGUGACUUUUGUACGAAUUGCUUAUUCACGGAUAGUGAAGUUGUAUCUUUGUUGGUUUUUAAUGUCAAAUACGGAUCAAAAUAUGUGAGAUUAAGCAUUUUGCUGCGUACGUUAAACGUUUACUGUAUUAAAUUGUAAA